CGUGACGUCACCUUCCUCGCACAAGAACUCGGCGCUUCUUGAUCAAUUAAAGCGCAGUUCACGUUUACAUUCGUACUGUAGGACACCGAGAACCUGCUCACUGAGUUACACUUAUGAAGUCUCCUUGCAGCACAGCCAGCAUGGGAACCCAAAGAAAGGACAGCUUCCUCUGGGGGAAAGCACCUUUAGCUUUUAUUGAAAAUGACAAGAGGCAGACUGACGUCCAUAAGCAUGUGAUUCUAGAUGACAUUCAGAAACUCAGGCUGGAGAUUGAAAACAUGAUGACAGAAAUUCAAACGAUGGAGGCCGAUGAUGAGAAUAAAAAUGUUAUGAAGAACAAGAGAAUCCAGUGUGGAAAAAAGAAGUUUAACAUGGACCCAAAGAAGGGUAUUCAGUACCUAGUGGACAAUAACCUUUUGGAGUGGAAACCAGAGGCCGUGGCAGAGUUCCUCUAUAAAGAAGAAGGCCUCAAUAAAACAGCUAUUGGUGACUUUUUAGGAGAAAGGGAGGAGAUCCACCUUCAGAUCCUGCAGGCUUUUGUUCACCUUCAUGAGUUCUCAAAUCUUAAUCUGGUUCAGGCUUUGAGGCAGUUCUUGUGGAGUUUCCGCCUACCUGGUGAGGCUCAGAAGAUCGACCGCAUGAUGGAGGCCUUUGCUCUGCGGUACUGCACCUGUAACGAUGGGGUUUUUCAGUCCACAGACACCUGUUACAUCCUUUCCUUCGCUAUCAUCAUGCUCAACACAAGUUUGCACAACCCCAAUGUAAAAGACAAGACCACACUACAACGUUUCAUCAGCAUGAACAGGGGAAUCAACAAUGGAGAAGAUCUUCCCGAAGAACUGCUUGAGAAACUUUAUGAGAGCAUUAAGAACGAACCCUUUAAGAUCCCAGAAGAUGAUGGCAAUGAUCUCACCCACACCUUCUUUAAUCCUGACCGAGAAGGGUGGCUUCUAAAAGAAGGUGGCAGAAUAAAGACCUGGAAGCGGAGGUGGUUCAUUUUGACUGACGGCUGCCUCUACUAUUUCCAAUAUACCACUGACCAAGAACCAAAAGGAAUCAUCCCGCUAGAGAACUUAUGUGUUAGAGAAGUGGAUGAUGCACACAAACAGUUCUGUUUGGAGUUGUUCAGCCCUCAUCGUAAAGGAGAGACGAUAAAGGCAUGUAAAACAGAGACAGAUGGGAGACUUGUGAUGGGCAAACAUCACUCCUACAGACUCAGUGCUGCCUCUGAAGAGGAGCGUGAAGACUGGGUCCAGGCCAUCAGAGCGUGCAUCACAAAAGACCCUUUCUAUGACCUGGUAUCUGCACGCAAGAAGAAGAUCAUCGGGCACACGACUGAAUACGACUGAAGCUGAUUGAUGAACUGAGGGGGAUCUGAUCUUUCUAAACAGUUGCACACAGACUGAAUUACAAACAGUGGCCAAAGAGACGUUGAUGGUUACAGUGGACUGAAUGAGCUGGAAAUGAUGAAUGAGGUUCUCGGGUGCUAAUUCUCAGUUCUUCCUCUCAACACCGCUGUGUGUACAGCGUAAGGGUUCGCCUACAUGGUGGGGUUGUGGUCAAGCGUUCUGUGAAAAAAUAUUUUCCUAUUUAUUUAACGCUUACGAGAAAUGUUAGCCUCAUAAAAAGAUUUUAUUUGUUAAAUAUAUAGUGAACCCUAUCUAAACAGUUUGUACAGUGUUCCUAGUAUAGUGUUUUGCUCCUGUUUAAGUGAGAGUUUCAUUUUAUUUUCAAUGAAAAACAUUUAAAUUAAGCUACAUUUCAAAGCAUUUAAUAGGGUAUUUAUAUUUUAAAGCACUAUUUGGCUUUCUUUCUUUGUAUCUUUACAUUUGACUAACACACAUUUAUUAUUUCAGAAAUAUAAGAUAAAAAAAAUGAAUAUGUGCAACUUAAAUAUUGUGAUACCAGUUAGCAUUAACAUUUAUAAGGUUGAAACUGGUCCCAUUCUGUAUAUAAUAAAUGACUUAUUUAAUGAA